UAUCCUUUACUCUCAUGGCUGCCAAUCCUCCAGGACAAGCUUUCUCAAACAAUGCGCGGGCAGCUAUCUUGGUCGAGCUGAAGAAAGAGAAGGACCGGCUGAUCCAGAACCGGCCCAUGAACACUCCUGGUGCCAGUAUCCCGCUGUCCCGACGGAACAUGAAGGAUUUUAGAGACAGCGCAGAGCUGCAGCACAUUGCUGCUCAGCAGAAAACUGCUUUGCAGCACGCACAUGCUCUUUCAUCAGGCUUCUUCAUCACUCAGGACUCCUCGUUUGGGAACCUCAUCCUCCCGGUCCUCCCACGCCUGGAGCAAGAGUCUUGACCUUUGACUCCCUGGUCUCCUCACUUGUUGGACCUUUGCUGUGAGACAGGAGCCAUGUGUUUUCUUUUGUGAAGUUUAUCAAUGACAGACUGCUGUUUUUUAUUUUUUACUUUUGUUUUUAUUUUAAGAAAAAGCUUCAUAAGAAGCUCAUACUUUCUGCAUACUAGUAAGGGUUGACA